AUGCCCGUGGAGACCGUGAAAAAAUAUGAACGUAGUCGACGACGACCUUUUAACAAUGCGAUCUAUUUCACUGACCCGAAAGUCUCUCCUCUCAACAUGCAAGCUACUCUCAUUCCCGACCAACGGCUUUUCUUUUCGGUGCACGCGCCAUUAGUGUUCUUACAGCAAGGAAUGAAGUAUACGGAUAGUCAAUUUGAAAUAUUCAAGCGUCUUGUCAGAACUGGUGCUGAAGAUUGCGGGCUCGAUGUAUAUAAGCACCGUUCUUUUCAGGACCCAGAGAAAUGGCAGCGCUUUGUGAGAUGGAUGGUGGGGAAAGAACAAAACCUAAACAAUUUCGUCGAACAGUGGCCAGUCGAAGCCUAUUUUAAUGCCUGGACCUACUAUAAACGUUUUAAACCUCACCGCUUUCGUGCGCAAAUGGACAAAAAGAAAUCAGAAUCCACAAUUCCUCAGCCUCUCACAAUCAAUCCUUCUUCGACCAGGAAAUAUGUUGGACUAAAACCCCCUCCACUCCGAUGCAUUACUACCAAUGAGCGAAACAAGUCGAAAAUUUCCCCAUCUUCGGCCAACAUCGAACCAUGCGUCCCCUAUGAUCAGAUAGCAGGCCAAUACUGCCUAGUGUGUCGAGAAACGCCUGUGUUGGCUUCUCAACAUUUAGAUCAACUCCUGCAACAAGAAGAAAUCAGUAAGAUAGAGCUUGUCAAGCUCGGAGUUCGUAGUGAUCUCGACCUCGAUACAUCAGGAAAACCGUCCUCUGUUAAUAUACUGUUUAUUAUUGAAAAUUAUUGA